AAGAAGAGUGGACCGGACGAAACUUCAGUCGAUUCAAGACAUGGCUUCGUGAUACGUACCGAACCAGGAGUUCAUAAUGACGAUACCCAGCGGAAAAACGCUCCUUCCCGCGCCUGUGAACUCAUCACUUACGAACCUCGGGAUUUUCUGGGCCAUACUAUCGCUCACGUCCGCUGUUCUCAGCGGGGUGGGCUUCUAUCUCCCUUUCUGGAUCCAGGGAGAAAUCUUCAAUAGGACGACGGUCUACUUCGGCUCGUUUCGGAGGUGCAACUACCCUCGUCUACUCGAGAAUGGAAGACUGGAAAUCGUCCUCGAAUGCGGGCGCUACGCCUCCUUCUCCUCGAUACCCUCCGUAUCGUGGAGGGUUACGUCGGUUUUGAUCGGCGUAGCCUCUUCACUCGCUUUGCUGGUAGCAUUCAUCGCCGUGAUCGGCUGCUUCACCGCAGACGCUGUGAACCACCUGCUGGCGAAAACGCUCGGCUUCAUACAAUUUGUCGCAGGUCUGCUGGUCGUCGCGGGCCUCGGUCUCUACCCGCUCGGCUACGGAAACCCUCAAGUGAAGGAGGCUUGCGGUGAAACGUCGGAAGCGUACCAUCUUGGACCAAAAUGUCGUUAUUCUUGGUCGCUCUACAUGCUCUCGGUCGCGACGAUGAUCCUGUGGCUUUGCAGCGUUCUAUCGCUGAAAGCUUCGAGGAUGGUUCCCCAUUUCUACCGCAUCUGACAGAAGGCUCAGCUGGUCGAGCUCCUGGGCAGUCAGAUAUCUGACGCUAACGGCUCGAGCCAGCAAUCGUCGCAGCCGACUACGCCGGUGGCUACGCAGCAGAACGCGUGGAAUUCGAAUGCAAACCAGACAGGAUCGACCGUCAAUGGAUCGUGACGAAAAACCAAGGUUUUCACCGUAAGAUUCGCUGACGAUCCAGUGACUGCGUGCGAAUAAUGACGGAAUAAACGUCACCCAUCUGGACCAGAGCCGUGCCUUAACUCCUGAGAGAACCAAUGGUGGAAACGUGGCAACGAAAGUGGAGGGAUAGACCGAGGAGCGGAGAAGGAAAAAAAACGAUACUCAAAGCAGAGCAAUAUCUCAGAUCGACGUCGAUCCUUAUUCUUUUCCCUUCAACGAGACAGUCCUCCGAGAGGGAGAAUGUACAAACUGUAUCUACUUGACUAGACUAAAUUUUUUUUAUAUGU